UGCUGAUUGGACAUGGAGGGUUUGGAGGAAGAUGUCAAGUUUAUUGUGGAUGAGACCUUGGACUUUGGAGGUCUGUCCCCAUCUGACAGGUACCAACUGCUUUAUCUUAUUUAUCUCCCUCCAAUAACACCUCUUUGGCCUUACUGCUGAAUUAUUGGCCUCCAGAGCCAGCGUUGGUAAUUUAGCAAAGUUUGAAGCACUGGGGCUGUUAGGACACUAUUGGUAAGGGAAGGGAAAGGAGAAACAAGUGAUUUUUCAGGGCUGUUAAGAAGUGCACAUGGAUUUGUUGCAUCUUCAUCCUCCCAAUGUCAGUAAAUGCUAAAGGCCUAUUAGAGCUCAGAGAACCAAGUAUCUCAUCACCUAGAGGCCAGGUCUCACAGCCAGAAUGGAUGUUAGUUUGGAGUUUUGUUUGGCCUGUCUUGCACAGUCCCCUGCUCCUUUUUUGUGUGGUCUUGGUGCCUUGUUUAUUUUCUGUCUCAGUCGUGAGGAGGAAGAUGCAGCAGUAUUGGUGACUCCAGAGAAACCACUCCGACGGGGCCUCUCCCACCGAAGUGACCCAAAUGCAGUGGCCCCUGCACCCCAGGGUGUGAGGUUCAGCUUAGGCCCUCUCAGUCCAGAGAAGCUGGAAGAGAUCCUCGAUGAAGCCAACCGGCUGGCAGCUCAGUUGGAGCAGUGUGCCCUACAGGAUCGGGAGAGCUCAGGUCAGGGCCCAGGGCCUCUCCGAGGGAAGCCCAGCCCUCGACGGGAGACCUUUGUGCUGAAGGACAGCCCUGUCCGAGACCUGCUACCCAAUGUCAGCUCUUUGGCUUGGAGUACACCCUCCCCAAGCAGCCUGACACCUCGGCUCCGGAGCAGUGAUAAGAAGGGGUCAGCCAGGGCUCUUAGAGUAACACCUGGAAAGAGGCCCUCCAGUGUGAAGAGGGAAUCACCCACUUGCAAUCUGUUGCCUGCAUCCAAAAGCCCAGCAUCAUCUCCUCUUGUACAAUCAACUCCUCCACUCCGGGGCAAGGCUGGGCCCAAUGCAAGGGCAACAGCAAGGCCACCUACCCAUGUCAGACAAGCCUUGGCCCCACAGCCUUCAACCAGCAACUCUCAACGCCAUUCUCGGCCACAGGGGACAGCUACUAAGGCUUCCAGUCGACUCCCUCUUCCUUCAGCUAUUCCCAGGCCCUCUAGCCGAAUGCCACUCACCAGCCGGAGUGUACCACCUGGCAAAGGUGCCCUCCCUCCGGAUUCUGUGUCAACUCGGAAAGGGCCUCUAAGACCAAGCACUGCAGGGCACAGAGUUCCUAUUUCCCAGCGACCAAACCUUCCUGCUGCUGGUGCUGCUCGCAGCAAUCUGCAGCCCCCCAGGAAAAUUGCAGUCCCUGGACCUACCAGACAAUGGAGCCUCCUUGUCUGCUGAACUUAUGGGUUGAGAAGUUCCUUUGGUGACAUUCAGCUUCCCUGAUCGCCUCAGACAGAAGAUGCUGGGACACCUUGUCAUAUUGCACUUCACAUCAUUUGAGUUGUCUGUCCUCUCAUCUCCCCUACUGGACUUGAGAGCUAGGAUCAGAAUUUAUAAACUUCCGCAGUGCCCUAA